AUGGAGGGUGCGCCGGCAGACGACAAUUUUGACGCGCUCCCGCUCGAGGACAGGUUGACGCACAAGGUCUGGAAAGCCCGCCUGUCCGCCUACACCGCCGUCGCCUCACUCGCCUCGAAGACACUCGACGACUCUGACCCCUUCUUCCGCGAGCGAUUCAUCUCGGGACCUUCAUUGCGUGACUGGGUGCGGGAUGCGAACGCUGUGGCGCAGGAGAAGGGCGUCGAAGCGGCUUGUGCGGUCGUCGAGUUCGGCGGGAAGGCGUUGGCAAGAACACGAGGAGAUGUUGUCCCGAGCGUCGUCGAGAAGUGUCUGGGGUCCGCAAGGGCCAAUACCCGCACGAAGGCGAUAGAACUGUGUCUGCUCUACGUUGAGGCGGAGGAGGACUUGGCGGAGGGAGUUAUCGCCGACAUUGUCCCUGGACUCGACGCGAAGCAGCCCAAGGUUGUCGCAGGAAGCGUCAUGGUGCUGAAGGUGGUCGCUCGUUGCUUCGGUCCGAAGACCGCCAACUUCAAGCCGAUCCUCAAGACACUUCCCAAGAUCUUCGCUCACGCCGACAAGACCGUCCGAUCUGAAGGCCAACUCCUCUGCCUCGCACUACAUUCCUACCUCGGACCCGCGCUCACGCCUCAUCUCGGCGAGCUCAAGCCCGUUCAGCAGAAGGAGCUGGGCGAGGCGUUUGAGGCGGCGGACCGGGGAGAGAAGGGUGACGAGUGGGGUUUCGGAAAGAUCCGCCCGUCGCGGUUCACGGUCACGCAGAAGAAGGAGUUGGCCGUGCAGGAGGCACAGGGUCAGCUUGAAGGCGGUGACGAUGCUGGUGCAGCAGACGGCGGCCAUGAUGCUAUGGAGGAAGCCGCCGCGCCUCCCGACGUUUUCGACCUCUCCGACCCGAUUCCUGUCCUCUCCCGCCUUCCCGCCGACUUCUACUCGAACCUGUCCUCGUCGAAAUGGAAGGAUCGGAAAGAGCUCGCCCUCGAACCCCUCCUCGCGACCCUCUCUUCCUCGCCUCGCUACGAAACCGACAACUACGCCGACCUCGUCUCCGCCCUCGCUGGCCGAAUGACCGACGCGAACGUUCUUUGCGUCAUGCUUGCCGCGCAGUGCAUCGAGAAGCUCGCGAAGGGCUUGAGGGGAGACUUUGCGCGGUACAAGGGGACGGUGACGAGCCCGAUCCUUGCGCGGACGAAGGAAAAGAAGCAGAAUGUGCUCGAGGCACUCGGCGCGGCACUCGACGCCGUCUAUUCGAGCUCGUCAAUUGGCGACUUUACGGAAGACGUCGCGACUUUCGCCAAGGACAAGAACCCGUCCGUUAAGGCUUCGACGCUCUCGUUCUACACGCGCUGCCUCGCCUCAACGCCUUCGCCGCCGCCGAAGAAUGACCUUCCUCAGCUCAUCGAGGUCUUCAAGAAGGCGCUCGAGGACUCGGAUGCGGGUGUGCGUGCAGCUGCUGCGGACGCUCUCGGCACGCUGAUGAAGGUGAUCGGCGACCGAGCAUUCAACGCCUUGAUCGGCGAGAUGGACCCGUUGCGGAAGGAGAAGGUGAACGAGGCGGCGGAAAAGGCGGUGACGAAGUGCAGGAACGGCGUAGGAGCGGGCGGAGGAGGGUCAGCGCCGACUCGAUCGGCGCCUUCAGCUGCUGCUGUGCUACCAAAGCCGAAGACUCAGCCUCGACCAGCACGGCCUUCCGACAAGGAGAACGCCCCGCCUGCACGACCUGCACCUGCGGCUACUUCCUCCUUCGAUGACGCACCGCCUACGCCCGCCAAGCCACCCGUUCGUGGACUUCCCGCCCAUCUCAUGGCGAAGAAGCCGCCCGCCGCCUCUGCUCCGUCCGCGCCGUCCGCUUCUGCGCCCCCAGCAAAGAAGCCUGCACCGUCUCGCCCUGCACCCGCCGCCGCGCCCGCCGCUUCUUCAUCAAAAGCGUCCGAACCGCUGCGGUACAAGCACUCGCAAGAGGCUGCCGAAUCGCUCAUCGACUCGGGAGACGUCAUCCCUGCCGAGCUUGUCGCCCAACUCAACGACUCGAACUGGAAGCAGCGGCUCGAGGGGAUGGAAAAGCUAUCGGAAUGGGCGAAGCUGGAUGGACGAGACGCGGAUUCGGAGGUGGUCGUGCGGUACCUCGUCGGGAAGAAGCCCGGACCGAAAGAGUCGAACUUCCAGGUCGCCGGCAAGGUUUUUGCCCUCCUCCAGCAACUCGCCGCCGACUCGCCAACGUGGACCAAGGCUUGCUCGGCCGUUUCGAUCCCGCUUCUCUGCGACAAGCUCGGCGACAUCAAGCUGAAGAAGCCAGCGUCCGACGCACUCGUCGCCUUUGCUGAGAAGUCGAGUCUCGGCUUCGUGCUUUCGCAGGCCUACGAGCCGAUGUCGAAGCAGAAGGCGCCAAAAACGCUUGCCGAGUCCUAUAUCUUCGUCGAGCAGGCUCUCCGCGACUUCGGUCUUGCUGGCGGGCUCGCCGUGCGCGACUUGAUUGAGUUCCUCAAGGUCGGGCUCAAGCACUCGAACGCCGCUGUCCGCACCAGCGCGACCAAGGCGCUCGUCACGCUGCGCCUGUUCGUGGGACCCGACAUCGUCAACUUCCUGUCCGACUUGACGCCGCAGCUGCUGUCGACGAUCGAAUCCGAGUUCGAGAAGGCGGCCAGCGAGCAGCCUCCCGCUCCGACCCGCUUUGGCGCCGAUACCGUCGCACCACCUGCACCGGCGGGCGGCGCUGCUGCUACGAGCGGGAAGAACCAGUCUUCCGCCCCGGAAAUCGACCCGAUGGACGAACUCUUCCCGCGAGUCGACUUCGAUCGGCUCGUCUCGUCUGCGCAGGUUCAGGCCUGCAACGACGCGAAUUGGAAGGUGCGCAAGGAGGCGCUCGAGGGCAUCCGCGACAUACUCGAGGCGAACAAGCGCCUCAAGCCGUCCGGUCUUCCCGAACUGGGCACGCCUCUGAAGAUGCGAAUUACCGACGCCAACAAGAUCAUCCAGCUUCUCGCCCUCGACACCGUGUCCCGUCUCGCGACCGGCAUGGGCAAGCCCUUCGGCGAGAAGCUCGCUCGGACGUUUGCUGGGCCCGUCGCGCAGGUUCUCGCCGACCAGAAGGCAAACAUCCGAGCGGCAGGCAUCUCCACCUUGACGGCAAUGGCAGAUGCGUCCGGCUUGGAACCGCUCGUCGGCCAGUUCGACAAGCCUCUCGAGGCGAACAACCCGGUGCAGCGGAAGGAGCUUCUCGGUUGGCUCGACCAGCGACUGCAGGACCAGGAUGCAAUCGCCGCCCACCUUGACAUUGGUGUUCUCGCUCCAGGUAUUCUCGCAUGCCUCGAGGACCGGCAGGCGGACGUCAGAAAGUCCGCGACGAGUGUCCUCCCCGUCGUCAUCGCCAAGGCUGGCUACGGCACGGUCAUGGACGCUGUCUCGAAACUUAAGCCGGCAUCGCGCUCGACCGUCCUGCCCAUCGUCGAGAACGCUCGUAGCGCCGCAUCGUCGCUCGGCUCGGCGCCAGCGUCUGCUCCCGCGGCGCCGCCCGCUCGACCCGCUGCUCCAGCCGCCCGACAGGCAGCACCACCUGCACGACUCUCCGACCCGCCUACGGCUCCGGCGGCGCCAAGUGCACCGCAGCCGCGUCUUCCUGCCGGCCUCUCUCGACCCACGGCGAAGCCGCUUCGAACCGCCGCCGCUCCCCCUGCCGAAGAGCAUGCACCCGCCGCCGUCCCGACGCGCCUUGGUCAACCUCGUCCGCGACCAUCAAUUGGUGGACUGCGAGCGGCAGCCUCCGCCUCUUCCUCCAGACCAGCUUCGACGGUGUCGACCUCUUCCGCCGCAAGCGUCAAGGAACCGCCUUUCCGCAGCUCUGACCCGAAUCCGAAGCUGCUGCGACACAAGAAGGAAACUGGCUCGAUGCGCUGGGUCGUCGAGGGAACGCCUCGUCCCGACCAGGUCGACUGGCUCGCCGGCCAGAUGGCGCCGCAGGUCUCGGCCUCGCUUCACGCUCAGCUCUUCAGCACCGAUCAUUCCGCCGAGCGCGACUACAUCGCGGCUCUCGGCACAAUCGACGAGUGUGCACGGGAUCCGGCAGCAGCGGGAGAGGCGGUCGACCUCGAUGAGGAGGAGAUGCGGGCGCGGCUGAUCGCCAACUUCGACCUUGUCGUCAAAUACAUCACGCUCCGCAUCGGAAUGACGAGUACGACCAUCACAGUCAAGUGCCUCGACGUUAUCGAGCACUCGAUACCCGUGCUCAGCGCCGCCGGCUACAAGGCUUCCGACUACGAAGUGUACCCGCUCCUCGUUAGCCUCAUCAACAAGGUCGGCGAUGGCAAGGAGAUCAUUCGACAGCGUGUCCGCGGCAUUUUCAAGGCAGUCUGCUCGAUCUACCCCUUCAGCAAGGUCUUUUCGACAAUCCUUGAAGUCGGCCUCGAGAACAAGAAUGCGCGCGUGCGGAGCGAGUGCAUCGACGAGCUCGGUCAGUUGUACUCUCGUCACGGCGUCGGCGUCCACCCGAUCUCGCAAGCCCUCCCGAAGAUCGCCUCCUUCAUCGGCAAGCCCGACGCGACAGGUCGAACUGCCGCCCUGCAUGCCAUCGGCGCCGUCUAUACCCUCGUCGGCCCCGACGCGACUUGGAAGGCUGUUGGGCAGCUCCCGCCCAAAGACCGAUCGAUGCUUGAGGAGCGCCUCAAGCGUACGGCGUCAGGCGCCGUUCCCCCGGCACCCGCUCGUCAACCUGCCGCCGCCGACCGACCCGGGACGCCGAGUGGCUUGCGGCCGCCAACCAGCCGGCUCGCGCCGCCCUCGUCACCGUCGCCUGCGAACGGCUUGUCGGCGUCGCAAGGCCGGGGUGGCAUUCCCCGCCCAGCCGGCGUCCCCUCCCGACUCGCUCGUCCCGCUAGUGCAGCCGAAGGGUCGACGCCCCGGAAGAUGAUGCCGCCGCCGACGUCCCGCUUCGGCGCAUCCGCUCAGACGGCGUCGCGACCGGCGUCUUCAGCGUCUUCCGCACAGUUCACCGAGGACGACUUGGCUGCCGAGACGGUUUCGGAUCUUUCGAUGCUCCUCGAAGCGCUCGAUACGGAUGACUUUGGCGAAUGCGCCGACGUGCUCAAGUCGAUCACGCGCGAAAUCACCUCGAACGCGGAGAACGUCCUCCUGCACGCCGACGCCCUCAUCGACGCCGUCACGGCCAAGAUGGAGCUCGGCUUCACCGGUCUGUCUGCCGCCACUUCGCCUGUGCAGCUGCGCCUCUGCAAGCACCUCAUGCAGGUCCUCUCCGCCUUCUUCGACAAGCGCACGCUGUCGCAGCAAGUCUCCCGCCUUCCGCUCACCGGUCUCCUCGCCGACCUGACCGGUCGCCUGCUCGACACGGCCGACAAUCCCGUCAGUGAGCCGAUACAGAGCCUGUCCAAGGUUCUCAACAUGGUCCUCAUCCGCAUCUUCCACAAUGCGGACCAGAACGUUUGCUUUGGCGCCCUCUUGACGGUCCUGCAAGACGCCACGGUCGACCUGCGCGACCUGCGCGGCGAAGAGCUGGCGGACCGGGCAAAGUACGCCGAGCUCGUCAUGAAGUGCCUCUGGAAGGUCUCGAAGACCGUCAAGGAGAGUCUCGAGAACCGCAAUUUGCUCGCGCCUCGCCUUCUCAGCGACAUCAACCAGUUCCUCAUGACGAUCCCGCCUGCCGAGUGGCGCCGGCGAGCAACAGACAACAUCCCUCUCGCCGACAUGCCGCUGCGAACAGUCAAGACGAUCUUGCAGCAGGUCGUUUCGGUGCUCAAGGGCAAGGUCUUUGACGAGCUUGGCGAGGUCGACCAGGCGGAAAACUCGUUCGUCUACCAGUAUCUGCACCGCCUCGCGAACCAGCCAUCCGGCUCCGACACCAACGGCCGGCCAUCGUCGUCCGCCUUGAGCCGCCAGACCUCGUCCGCCUCGCUCGGUUCGCAGCGGCGAGAAGAGCCCGCGAAGAGCUCUCCAGCCGAGUCGCCCCCUCGCACGACUGCUCGCCCAGCCCCUCCGCCCGUCACCUCGCCUGGCGGAAGCGACAUCGCCGUCAACCAGCGUCUCAAGGAGAUUUUCGACAUGAUUGGCGAUCCAAACAAUUCGCGGGCGGGUAUCGCGGCGCUCUACGAGUUCCAGAAGGAGCAUCCCGAAGCUGCGCCUCGCAUCGCGACCUGGAUGGCCGGCACGGGGAGCUACUUCCAGACCUACCUGAAGCGCGCCCUCGCCAACCUCGAGGCAGCCGACCGCGAGCGCGGUGUCGAGACGCCUGCAUCGCCGACGUCUGCAUCGAGCAGUACAUCAGCCACCCGCCCCUCGUCCCGCCCGACCUCUUCCGCCUCUGCCGCUCCUGGCACACCCACCCGCUCAUCUCGCCUCUCACUCGGCCCUAACGCCACCUCGUCGACUCCUCAACAGUCCGCACGGUUGCAAGAGCUGCACUCUGUCUUCGGUUUCGGGCAAAAGGAGUAG